UGAGGGUCUAGGGUUUCAUCUGUAAAUAUCGUCUUUCUCGGCAGAGAGAUAUGGAGAGCGACAUGGAUGAAUCGUCGAUGAAGAAGAUGUCCAGAAAAAGACCAGUUCCAGGAGAAUCUGUCCGUAAGCAAGUGGAACUAUUCAAGGGACGUCCAUAUUCAGUAAAAGGAGGAGAAGUUAACUUUAUACAAGAGGAAGAUAUGCGGUUGGAGAGUACACGAGCUAGAUUGGGAAAUGUCCUCAAAAGGCAUGAAGAACUGAAGGAGCGUCUUUCUAGGGAUUCUGACAGGAUGAUUUUUGAGCGUUUACAGAAAGAAUUUGAAGCUGCACGAGCUGCCCAAACUGAAGAGAUAUGUUUGGAUGGUGAACAAUGGAAUGAUGGGCUACUAGCCACAAUUAGGGAGCGGGUUCAUAUGGAGGCAGACAGAAAGGCUAUGCCAGGGGAAGCAAGCAUGUUAUUAGAUCCUCACUUUCAAGGGAAAACUACUUAUAGAGCUGGAACUAAGGUAAUCUGUUGUUUGGAGGGUGCAAGGAUUGGCAUACAGUAUGAGACAUAUUUUGCUGGAGAACCUUGUGAGUUAUACCAUUGUGUGCUUGAAAGCAAGUCUUUUCUUGAAAAGAUGACUGUCAUUGAACACACAGUACCUUUCUUCCUACCAAUACGAGAAGCAGAAAAUGAUCUUCUCUCUUCCAAUGCGAUGAAAUUCAUUGAUUACGUUGGAGAACUUUUGCAGGCUUAUGUGGACCGACGAGAACAGGUUCGCCUUAUCAAGGAGUUGUAUGGAAAUCAGAUUAGGGACCUUUACCAUACCCUUUCUUAUCAUAUAAUUGAAUUUUUGCUGGAUGAUAAUGAUUGCAGGGUGACAGUCAGUGUUAGAUAUGCAGACCUUGUCUCUGUACUCCCAACUCGGGUCAGAGUCUUAGCAUGGCCUGUUCAUCCAUCUAAAAAGAUUUCAACAGCAGCAACGAUGACAUCAAUACCAGCACAACAAUUACCACCAACGCAAACAACAAUGAACAGAAAAGGAGUUGGAAUGCUUGGGUCGCAGUCAGGCCCAGCUCGGUUAUCUUAUGCUGAGGAUGCAUUACGAACUAUGAGCUUACCAGAAGCGUAUGCUGAGAUUGUGUUGAACCUGCCCCAAGCUGUUCAACAAAUAUUUCCACAUACUGGGUCCACAUAGAGUUGGCGUUUAUGUGGAAGAUUUGAAUCUCGUACAAGGCUACCAAUGGAAGGAGCAGUGGAGUUACUUCAGGUUCCAUAAGUUAAAUCUUAAAUGGUAACCAGCUUCAAAACUUUACUUUCAAUGAGAACAUCCACCCAGAAAGUUCUGCUGGGUAUGUUUUUUUUUUU